CCCAUACUUAACUAGACUGCAGCCACGGUGGCACAACCCACAGAGUUGAGUGGCGUACCCAAAGAAACCACUCUUCUUUUCUCCUUCUUCAUGAUUACAGAAAAAAUCUCAAAUUCUUUGUCAUAAUUUUUUAGGAAAAAUAAAUAAAUUUUAGAAAGUAAAGUGGACUAACUAUUUGAAAUCAAUAAAAUAAAUAUACUACUAAUAAAUAAUAAAAUGCUACAUCAAAAUCUUCGCUUAAACGUUGGCCGUUUUUUCUGCAUUCCUCUAACCUUCUCCGUUCUCUUCUCCUCCACUCUUUCUCUCCCUUCCGCCGCCCACUCUCGCCACUACAACCACCGCCGUCCGAUGACUUCGCCUCCGCAGUCACUCUCACAGUCUCACUCUCCGCUUCCUCCUCCGGUGGCGAAGAAGGUAGAGCACGUGAUGGAGCUUUUCAAUGACGUGAGGAUCGAUAACUACUACUGGCUCCGAGAUGAUUCCCGCUCCGAUCCCGAUGUGCUUGAUUAUCUCCGUCAGGAGAAUGCUUACGCCGAUUCCGUCAUGUCUGGAACUAAGGAAAUUGAAGAUAAGCUUUUUGCUGAGAUAAGGGGAAGGAUAAAGGAGGAGGAUGUGUCUGCGCCUGUACGGAAAGGGCCUUAUUACUAUUAUACAAAAACUUUGGAAGGGAAGGAGUAUGUUCAACGUUGUAGACGCCUCAUAUCCGAUAACCAAAAGGUUCCGUCUGUUCAUGACACCAUGCCUACAGGACCUGAUGCUCCUCCAGAGCAUGUUAUUUUGGAUGAGAAUAUCAAGGCACAACAACAUGAAUACUACAGUAUUGGUUCUUUUAAGGUUAGCCCAAAUAGCAAAUUGGUAGCAUAUGCAGAAGACACCAAAGGAGAUGAAAUAUAUACUGUUUAUGUCAUGGAUAUUGAGACUCAAGCUACAAUUGGAGAGCCUCUUGUUAAUGUAACAUCAAACCUUGAAUGGGCUGGUGAUGGUGCUCUAGUUUACAUAACAAUGGAUAACAUUCUUAGGCCUUACAAGGCAUGGCUUCAUGUGCUGGGAACAGAACAAUCAAAAGAUAUUUGUCUGUACGAGGAAAAGGAUGAUACUUUUUCUCUUGACCUUGAAGCUUCCGAGAGCAAAAAAUAUUUGUUUGUUGGAUCGGAAAGUAAAAUUACAAGGUUCAAUUUUUAUCUUGAUGUUUCCAAACCUGAAGAAGGUCUUAAAGUUCUGACACCGCGAGUGGAUGGUAUUGACACUACUGUCAGCCAUCGUGGAGAUCAUUUCUUUAUUAAGAGGAGAAGUGAUCAAUUUUUCAAUUCAGAGGUUGUAGCUUGUGCUGUCAACAACACCUCCUCAACUACAGUUCUUAUUCCCCACAGAGAAAGUGUGAAGAUUCAGGAGAUACAACUUUUUAACGAUCAUCUUGUUGCAUAUGAGAGAGAAAAUGGUUUACCAAAAAUAACAGUUUACCACCUUCCAUCUAUUGGUGAACCACUAAGGAGUCUUGAAAAUGGCCAGGUUGUUAGUUUUAUCGAUCCAGUAUACUCAGUGGAUUCUUCGACAUCAGAGUUUUCGUCAAAUAUCUUGCGAUUUUCAUAUAGCUCGUUGAAGACGCCUCCCUCUGUGUAUGACUAUGAUAUGAAGUCUGGUGUUUCAGUUUUGAAGAAGAUUGACUCUGUUCUUGGAGGUUUUGAUGCAACACAUUAUGUCACUGAAAGGCAGUGGGCACGCGCUUUGGACGGAACUAUGAUUCCCAUGUCACUUGUUUACCGAAAAGAUCUUGUGAAGCUUGAUGGAUCAGAUCCGUUACUACUUUAUGGCUACGGGUCCUAUGAGAUAUGCAUAGAUCCCAGUUUCAAGUCAUCAAGGCUUUCAUUGCUAGAUCGAGGUUUUAUAUAUGUUAUAGCUCAUAUACGUGGAGGUGGUGAAAUGGGGAGGCAGUGGUAUGAGAAUGGGAAGCUGUUGAAGAAAAAGAACACUUUCACCGAUUUUAUUGCAUGUGCUGAACAUUUAAUUGAAAAAAAAUUCUGUUCCAAGGAAAGACUUUGCAUCAAUGGAAGAAGUGCUGGGGGUUUGCUAAUUGGUGGAGUUCUUAAUAUGAGACCUGAUUUAUUCAAGGCUGCUGUUGCUGGAGUACCUUUUGUUGAUGUUGUGACAACAAUGCUUGAUCCAACUAUUCCUCUCACUACUUCUGAAUGGGAGGAAUGGGGUGAUCCUAGGAAGGAGGAAUUCUACUUCUACAUGAAAUCAUAUUCUCCAGUUGAUAAUGUGAAAGCACAAAAUUACCCACACAUUCUUGUUACUGCAGGUUUAAAUGAUCCACGUGUUUUGUAUUCUGAACCUGCAAAGUAUGUGGCAAAACUAAGGGAUUUGAAAACUGAUGAUAACUUACUGUUGUUUAAAUGUGAGCUUGGUGCUGGACAUUUUUCAAAAUCGGGAAGAUUUGAGAAGCUUCAGGAAGAUGCCUUCACUUAUACAUUCUUCCUAAAGACUCUAAACAUGACUAAUCAGCUUUAGUCCCGAGAUACUCGAGGCGCGGAAGCAGUGAAGAGAUGGAGUGAUUAGUUAAUCUAUGGCUUAAUUGAGACCAGCAGCAUAUACCCGAGUUAAUCUUGGAUAGAUUGUAUGGAGAAUCACAUUUCAAUCAAUUCUGGACUUUCAUGAAGAAAAUCUGAAAUUGCCUUGUUUGCAAACAAACCUGUUAGCAAUGCAUCUUAUUUGAUGAGUAUGUGGCAAUAAAGGAUCACACUUUGUGCUUGUUAGAUCUUAAUAUAAUAUGAAUAAAAUAAAUAAAUCUUAAAAAA